GCCCCAGCCGGGACUAGGGGAAUGUCCCGGCCCCGUCUCGUGGAGACGCCUGCUGUGCUCCUCCCGGCUCCACUGGUGUGCAUAGGGGCUGCAACUCUCUGCCUUCCGAAAUGGCCGAGGCGUCAGAUAAGGCCGUCACGUACUACACCUUGGAAGAGAUCCAGAAGCACAACCACAGCAAGAGCACCUGGCUUAUCCUGCACAACAAAGUGUACGAUUUGACUAAAUUUUUGGAGGAGCACCCCGGCGGGGAGGAAGUCCUGCGGGAACAGGCCGGGGGCGACGCUACCGAGAACUUCGAGGACGUCGGGCACUCUACGGAUGCCCGGAUGUCCAAAACCUACAUCAUCGGGGAGCUGCACCCGGACGACAGGGCGAAGAUACAGAAGCCCGCGGAGACCCUCAUCACCACAAUGGACUCUAAUUACAGCUGGUGGACCAACUGGGCGAUCCCAGCCCUCUCGGCGCUGGCCGUGGGCCUGAUGUACCACUUCUACACGGCGGAGGACUGACCCCGUCCUCAGAGGCCCGCGGGCGGACAGACGGCUUUGGGCCGGGAAGAGCGAGGCCCGAGUUCACUGCCGCGACUGACGGAAACCCUCACCUGAACGUGAUUUCACCGAGCCCGUCCCCCUCCUCCCCCACGAGACA